AUGUCCGCGAAAGGAGGCUGGAUGGCCUGGUCCGCCAAGAAGAAGGCUCUUAUCUUUGGACUUGUCGGUCUUUUGAUCAUUGCCCUUGGUGUUGGGCUCGGCGUUGGGCUCGGGCUUGGACUGAAAAACAGUGGAGGGGGUGAUGAAAGUGGAGGAAGUGGGAGUGGUGGAAACGGAAGUGGGAAUGGAGGCGGAAGUGGCAGUGGCAACGGCAACAGCACGACCGGAGGAAACACAACAUCAAUAUGGCAACCCAAAAUAGGAGCCAAAUGGCAAAUCGAGCUACUCUACCCCCUCAACGACACAUCAGUGGACGCAGACAUCUACGACAUCGACCUCUUCGAUAGCCCAAACGCCACCAUCACAAAGCUCCAAGGAAUGGGGCGCAAGGUGAUCUGCUAUUUCUCAGCGGGCACCUAUGAGAACUGGCGCAAGGACGCUGGUGAAUUCAACUCCUCGGAUCUGGGCGACAAUCUCGACGACUGGCCGGGCGAGAAAUGGCUCGACACGAACUCCCAAAAUGUGCGCAGGAUCAUGCGACAGCGUCUUGACUUGGCGCAGGCGAAAGGCUGCGAUGGCGUUGAUCCGGACAAUAUCGAUGGCUAUGGUAACAAGAAUGGACUUGGGUUGACACAGGAGGACGCUAUCGCUUAUGUGAAGUGGCUUGCAUCGCAAGCACAUGGUCGAAAUAUGUCGCUGGGGCUUAAGAAUGGUGGGGAUAUUAUUGGCUCGGUCUUUGAUAAGAUGCAAUGGUCUGUUAAUGAACAAUGUGCUGUUUAUGAUGAAUGCCAUCUCUACUCAGCCUUUGUGAAUGCCAGCAAACCUGUCUUUCAUAUUGAGUAUCCGAAGGGCGAUGAUACUAACAAUAACAAUUCCGUGUCGACGAACCAGCGGAACUCGGCUUGUGAGGCGACUGGUGCUGGCAACUUUUCGACUGUCAUCAAGAACAUGGACCUGGACAACUGGGUCGAAUAUUGUUGA